AUGUGAAGCUGGCUCAAGCACACUACCUGCUACAACAGGAGGCAUGGCUCUUCUGAGUCGACUCAACAAUGUGAAGCUGGCUCAAGCACACUACCUGCUGCAGCAAGUGGCACAGUUCCGAUCCUCUAUAGUCCCCUCCGCACACAGUCACACAUCUGCUAGUGUCACAAGUGCGGCAGGCAGCACACCGGUUACCAUCAUCUGCGGCGACUUCAACUCUCUUCCCGGUGACCCUGUAAGUAGCACGCCAGUCACCGUCAUCUGCGGCGACUUCAACUCUCUUCCCGGUGACCCUCUGCAGAUUCCCCUGCGCCUGGAGCUGCAAUUCAUGGUGCCCGCCCGGGCGCGUCAUGGUGCCUGUCAGACCUGCUAUCAUCACAUCCGCAUGCAGUCAUCCUAUAGUCACUUCCUCUGCCCCAUUCUGCCCCUCAAAAUUGAAUCUGUACCCAUGGCCAUGCUGUGUGCUCUCUUGUCUCUUUCUUCACUAUGUGCUCCCUGUGUUUCCCACAUCCACCCGUCUCCCCUCCUACUCCCCUCAGCUGCUAGACCAGCGCACGGCAUGGGGCCAGCAGGUGUCGUCAGUGCUUCUAACCAUGCUGUGAGCUCCCCGGUCUCUGUCUUAACUGUCUGCUCACUGCAUUCUCCCCAUCCACCUCCCGCCCUUCACACCCCUCAGCUGUUGGAGCAGCGCACGUCAUGGGGCCAGCAGGUGUCAUCGGUGCCUACCACUACGCUGACUUUUGAGUCGACUCAAAAGUCAGCAGCGCACGUCAUAAGGCCAGCAGGUGUCAUCGAGUCGACUCAAAAGUCAGCAGCGCACGUCAUAAGGCCAGCAGGUGUCAUCGGUGCCUACCACUACGCUGACUUUAGAGUCGACUCAAAAGUCAGCAGCGCACGUCAUAAGGCCAGCAGUGUCAUCGGUGCCUACCACUACGCUGACUGCUCACCGGAUUUUGUUCCAAGGUCUCCUCUCACCUUUUCCCCCUUCUCAUUCCCCGAUCAUCCACCUCCCGCCCUUCAGCUGCUGGAGCAGCGCACGUCAUGGGGUCAGCAGGUGUCGUCGGUGCUGCUAGCCAUGCUGUGUGUUCACUGUAUUCUGAUUGAAGGUCUUUCGUCUCCCCUUUUCCGCCUUCCCCAUUCUCCCCAUCAUCCACCUCCCGCCCUUCAGCUGUUGGAGCAGCGCACGUUGUGGGCUGUUAGAGCAGCGCACGUCGUGGGGUCAGCAGGUGUCAUCGGUGCUUCUAACCAUGCUUUGCUGGAGCAGCGCACGUCGUGGGGCCAGCAGGUGUCGUCAGUGCUGCUAGCCAUGCUCGCAGCAGCCGUGCUGGCCUCCCUCUCAGUGCUGCCCACCGCCUCUCCCGUCUAUGAUUUUGUGUGGACACGUGUCAUGCCCAUGGCCGUGGCUCUGGUGCUGUUAGAAACAGAUGUGACGUCAGCAUUCACACAGUCAGGUCCCGGCCUGCUAGCAUUCCUGCUGGGUGCAGCGGGCACGAUUGCAGGGACACUUGUCGGCUUCUCAUUGGCCGGGCCCUCCCUUGGGGUGGAGGGGUGGAAGGUGGCGGCUUGCUUCUGUGCGACGUACAUCGGUGGUAGUGUUAACUAUGCUGCCACUGCUAAGGCUCUAGGCAUGGACAUCACAGCAGGGGCAGCAGCAGCCAGCACGGGAGCCAGCCUACUCACAGCAGGCAUGGCGGUGGACAACCUCCUCGUGGCUGCUUACUUCUCGGCCCUGGGCAUGGACAUCACAGCAGGAGCGGCAGCGGCCAGCACGGGAGCCAGCUUACUCACAGCAGGCAUGGCAGUCGAUAACCUUCUCAUGGCCGCUUACUUCUCGGUGCUUGCUGCCCUCCCGGACUCCUGGCCCAAGCCGUGGGGUGGGGAGAGGUGGGGAGGGGUGAAGAUAGGAGGCAAUUCUGAUGAGUCGGAGAAAAAGCUAGAUACAGGGCUUUCGGCUCCUCUCCUCCACUCCUCCCCGUCUCCUUCCUCUCCUUCUCCUUCCGCCUCUUCUUCCUCUUCCUCAUCCUUGCACACUCCUGCUCCUCUGCCGUCUCCCUCCCCUCCCUCCUCAUCCUCCUCACACCUCACUCACUCUCCACCCCCCGCCCCCUCGGUGGAGUCCCUCACUCUCUCCAUUGCCGCUGCCGCCUCAGCAUGCGCGCUAGCGGACAAAAUUGCUGUCCACCUGCCGCCCGUGAUGGCCUCGGCACAGCUGGCGCUUGCCGCCCUGCUGGCCUCCCUCCUGUCGACUGUAGCAGCCAGGCUGACAGGGCGGGGGGAGAAGAGAAAGGAGGGAGAGGAGGGAGAGGAGGGAGGUUCACUGUUCACAGGAGCAGAAACGCUUGGAAACUCCCUGAUGCUGGUCUUCUUUGCAAAUAUAGGAGCGUCAGCAAGUGUGUCUGAAGCCAUGUCCGCUGGUGGUGGUCUGCUUGCAUUCGUUGCAACUGUGUUAAUGCUAAUGGUAGCAUCCAAUGCCAAUGUGGGGGGUCCUGCCACUGCUGCUGCUAUGGCCAGUGCCCGCAAUUGGCCCCAACUGGUGCGUCCUGCAGUGCUACUGGGGACAUUUGGCUAUACCAUCGGAACAGCCAUUGCCUUUCUACUUGGAAUCAACGUGCUACAGCCCAUGGCAGCAGCUGCUUUUGCCCAAGUACUGUGA